AUGGCCGACGUUGAAAUGAGUGACGCUCCGGUGGCCGCAAAGAAGGCCGACGGCGUCAGCGGCAAGGGAGCGGAGAAGAAGAAGUUUGAGGUGAAGAAGUGGAACGCCGUUGCGCUCUGGGCUUGGGAUAUUGUCGUCGACAACUGCGCCAUCUGCCGAAACCACAUCAUGGAUCUCUGUAUCGAGUGCCAAGCGAACCAAGCUUCUGCUACGAGCGAAGAGUGCACCGUCGCUUGGGGUAUCUGCAACCAUGCUUUCCACUUCCACUGCAUUUCACGAUGGUUGAAAGCUCGAUCAGUCUGCCCCCUCGACAACAGAGAUUGGGAGUUCCAAAAGUACGGUCGAUAA